AUGCGGACCAUAAAGGAAUUAUUGUUUAAUAAGCCUGUAUUCACUCGUGCUGACUCGAACAGCCCACCCAAGAAGAAAGAAAGCACCGAACUCGCAACCGAAUCUUCACCCCUCACCGAACCCUCCUCCUUUGUAUUCGAUCAGAUAUCACCAGAAUCUGAACAAGAUGCCGAAGCCCACUUAAGUGCAGCAUUGUAUCUAUCAACCCAGGAUACCCUACUUCAACCCCCUACGUGGCAACAAAGUUUCCAAAGCAUCGACUCGGCCACCAGGGUCUCAUCUCUGAACGAGAGCUUCAACGGAUCUCAGCGCAUCAUCAAGGAUGGCAAAGAGGUUGUCAUCAGCUCUGAUGGAGAAGACACAGACUCGAUAUGCUCGUUGGAGGACCCAAAGAACCUUUUCGCUCCAAAGUCUAAAAAGAAGGAUGAAUUCACACCUCCCAAAUUCCCCACGAGGAUAUCAUCGCCAAAGAAAUACAGACACACUAUUGACUCUCUCGUUCACGAUGCAGUGGAUGAUAAUGAGGUUGAAGCCAGUGUCUCCCGGGCGAGAGCCAAUUAUGCGCCGAAGGAACUAAACGGCGAGGAGCCCGGAAACGACCCGUCCGGCACUGGAUAUGCUCUGAAUGAGACCAUGUUGAUCUCAGCGCUUGGCAAGAAUGAGGACGGUGUUGGCGGUCAACGUUUGAUAGGUGCUAUUAGAAGAACCGAUGCUCUUGACCACGGCCGCACCUGGCCAUUCUUUGAUUGCACACAAACAUUGCCGCAGGCCCCCCAAUUUCCACGGGAUCUGUUCGCACCUGGGACAAGUAUGGAUAUAUUAAGGGAAUCCGAGUCUCGCGAGCGCCAGUUCAUGUCAGGCGAAUUUAUUCAGAUGGCUUUGUCCAAAGGACUUUUGCCGGACGCAUUCGUUUUGUGGAUGUUCCGUUCCAUACCAUAUGAACGUCGAGAGGAACUGAGUUACGCUUACUAUCGAAUUAUUAAGAAUAUGGAUGUGGAGCGAUUAAAGUUGAUCAUCCGUCCCGCCGAUAUCGAUGACCUUUUCUCGCGAUUAGGUGCUAGGAGCCAGGCUUUGGAUCCUUCCAAGAAGAUUGUCCCAGUUCUUUCCCAAUAUAUUACUCCGGAUUCUGCGUUGAAAGAUCAUAUUACCUUUGUUUCGGUGCUGAGAUUACUUAGAGAAACUGCUGGCUUAUUCGCAGAAGACACCCAAGAGCGGGUAGUACUACUAUUGUUACGUCUUACACUUGAUGUUUCAUUGACAGCGAAUUCCAUGGUAUCUUCAGAGCUUCAGUGGACCAUCAACGCUGUGUUGGAUCCUGAGAAUUUCUAUGAAACCAGCGCCAAAGAUUCGUUACGUCGAGUCUGCGCCACUUUCCACGCCACGGUACACGAUGCUUGCAUCCAGAGUCAAAUUGUGCAUCAUAUCUUACCCACCUCUCCAUGGUUUGCACUGAUACGAUGUCGCCUGGCUGUUGCAUUUCUGUUACAAAGCCCGGAUCCUCUCACCGAGCCCCCUGAAAAGCUGCUCGAUAUCAAACGUAUCACAUUGCUACUGCUCAGCGAUAAGCGUUUCCAAGUCAAGCGCUUCAAGGGUAUAGCUGACCACGACUGGAGGGAAUUAACUUCACUCACUGCUCUUCUCAAUGUCGCGAUUGACUCGUCUGCGUUGGAGUUGAAUUUCAGCAGCACACAAACCGAGAAAGACUACGACGCUGCCAUCGACAGGCUGGCAGCUCAGAUCAAGAUGAUCUUCUGUUCUAUUCAGGAUUCCGGUGCCUCACAUGUGACACGGACGGUGGCAAAAAGUGAACUCGAGGCCUUGCACUACCGAAUUGUUUAUUCUGUUCGGUCCAAGCCACCGCCGAAAACCACCAUUUUCGAGUCACAUGUAAAGGAGAGAAAUGGUAACAUUCGGAGUCAUUUUAGCAACUUUGCUGCGCUUGCUGCUGGAAAGCAAAAUCCAGAGACCAGACAAGAUACGUAUCCGUCUACGGCGCCAGGCGAUGCGGCUAAUGGUGACACAGAGAUUCCCAUCCGUGGGCAUGACCAGGUAUCCUGA